AUGGAGUUAUUUGCCCUUGACAGUCUAUUCAAAGAUAUUCCCAAGCGCAUAAACUUUCAGAACCUUAACGAAAAAUAUGUGCUGGCCCACCCAGAUCUAAGAUGUGGUAAUAUUAUCGUUACUAGCGACCUGCAUAUUCUUGGUAUUAUUGAUUGGGAGUUUACUAGCGCGAUUCCUCUGCAAUUAUUCACACCACCGUCAUGGAUUAUGGGUCAUGAUCCUAGUACCUUGCGCAUUAUCACAGGUAUUCACCGUGGCAAUAUUUUCCCAGAAUUCUGUGGUGUUCUCAAGGACAUGUGUCACACCUCUAUUGCCUGCACGCAGCUAUGGCACGACUGGGGCCUUGAAGAUGAACGACCCCAGCAAGACUACACGUACGAUAUUAAGCAAGUUUCUCCACUGAUGCAAAUACUUCGCCAGCCGGGCAGUCUCAUAGAGGUAUACUACUCCUCUAUCUUUCCAAAGCUAUUUGGACCGGAGGCGUGCAAAGACACAGUGAGGAGUGAAUUCUUUGCCGACGAUAAGAAUCGGGAGCUUUUGGAGCAGGUAGAGGUUCAAAUGAAGAAUUCUGAACGAUAUACUGAUCAUCUCAGGAAACAUAAUCUGCUUGUUGAGGAUGAACGGAUUCAACUGAUACAAGAAUUCCUUGAAAAGACAAAGUUCCUAGUUAAAGGCGACUAG